CAAUGGUGCCAGCAAUGGCACAAAGUAUUAGGUGGAUGACUCAAAAUUUUCUGAACGUUUUGAACUUCAAUAUAACAGUUAUGCACUCUUCACAUAACACCAAUCUAUAUCUAUAUAUAUUAUAUAUAUACACCUCCACUUCCCCACAGCUUAUACGAUCACCGCUUCACAGACACACUCACUGUCACGUUCCCCACUUUCGAAGCAACAUCGCCAGCCACCAUCCAUCAUCCCCUUUUUCUUCCAUAUAAAACUUCCCCUUCAUGAUUUCAUCGCAAACAAAAAAACCCUUGUUUUCCUUCUUCCUCCUUUUCCUUGUCUUGUUGCAGAAGCGAUUCCAGAUGGGUGUGCUCGACCGAGACUCUUCUCAUUCCCAACCCAAUCGGAUCCUGAUCCGUGAGGUCUGGGCCUCCAACCUUCAAUCGGAGUUUCAGAUCCUUCGCGACGUAAUCGACGAUUACCCUUUUGUGUCCAUGGACACGGAAUUCCCUGGAGUUAUUUACCUCCCCCAAGUGGUGGCUCCGGCGGAACCCGCCCGCCGCCAUCUUAAACCCUCCGAGCAUUACAGCUUCCUCAAAUCCAACGUUGAUGUCCUCAACCUUAUCCAGGUGGGACUCACGCUUUCCGAUGCAGACGGUAACCUGCCCCACCUCGGGACCAGUAACCGUUUCAUAUGGGAGUUUAACUUCCGCGAUUUCAACGUGGAGCGUGAUUCCCACGCGCCGGACUCGAUCGAUCUUCUCCGCCGUCAGGGGAUCGACUUCGGGCGCAACGCGGCGGAAGGCAUCGACUCGUGGCUUUUCGCAGAACUGAUGAUGUCAUCGGGGUUGGUGUGUAACGAGGCGGUGAGUUGGGUGACGUUUCAUAGCGCGUAUGAUUUCGGGUAUUUAGUUAAGAUUCUGACCCGACGGAGCCUGCCCCAUGGGUUGAAGGAUUUCUUGAAGAUUUUGAAAGCGUUUUUUGGAGAAAAUGUUUAUGACAUCAAGCACAUGAUGCGGUUCUGUGACAGCCUGUAUGGCGGUUUGGACCGGCUGGCGCUAACCCUGAACGUGGACCGGGCCGUUGGGAAGUGUCACCAGGCCGGGUCCGAUAGCUUGCUGACGUGGCAUGCGUUUAAGAGAAUGAGGGAUAUUUAUUUCUCGGAGGAUGGGCCCCAGAAACAUGCCGGUGUUUUGUUUGGAUUGGAGCUUGCGUAUUCCUCUAGUUGAGGGACUCAAAAUGAAAAAAGAAAAAUGAUAUAUAUAAAUAAAUAUUUUAUUCUUUAUUUUAUUUACUGGAUAAAUUAAUUA